UCCGUUUUUUUUUUUAAUAGCCGUCGAUUUUUUCGGAUAAAUUUUAUCGAUUAAAAAUAAAAAUAAAAAAAAAAAUUAAAUAAAAUAAAAUAGUGCCCCUGGGAUUUUCGUUUGUGGUGUUAGUGAUGGGUGUGAAGAGGAAACAGCACAAUCGUUAUCUUGCAAUUGGCAUUAUCUACAUUGCGACGAUCAUCAGCCAGGCAAUGACAGAUGAUCCAAGGUUCGCGGAACCAAUUCCAAACGUGACCGUGGCCCUCGGAAGGGAUGCUAGCUUGCCAUGUGUCGUUGACAAUCUAGGAACGUACAAGGUGGCAUGGAUACACAUAGACCGUCAAAUGAUCCUGACGAUACAUCGGCACGUCAUAUCGAGAGUGCCCCGUUUUAGCGUGUCCCACGAUAACGCCAAGACAUGGCUGUUGCACGUCAGCAGCGUUCAAAAAGAAGACAGAGGUUAUUACAUGUGUCAAGUCAACACGAAUCCGAUGAUUAGUCAAGUCGGUUAUUUGCAAGUUGUCGUUCCACCCAACAUCAUUGAUACGGAGAGCACGCAAUCCACAGUGGCCGUACGCGAAAACCAAAAUAUCAGCUUGACGUGUAAGGCAGAUGGUUUUCCCACGCCCAAAAUAAUGUGGAGAAGGGAAGAUGGCCAGCAAAUUUCUGUCGACCGUCGGCAAAAAGUGCCAGUUUACAACGGAACCCAGCUGAACCUAACCCGCAUCAGUCGGUCGGAUAUGGGAGCGUAUCUUUGCAUUGCCACAAAUGGUGUGCCACCAUCUGUUAGCAAACGUAUCAUCGUAGACGUUGAAUUUUCUCCGAUGAUAUGGGUCCCUAACCAAUUAGUGGGCGCUCCAGCUGGAACUGAUGUGACAAUAGACUGUCAUACCGAGGCCUACCCAAGAGCCAUCAGUUAUUGGGUGUACGAGAACGUAAUGCUGCUGCCAACCAAAAAGUACGGCACCGACAUGAUGGAGAACACCAUCUACAGAGCGCACAUGAGGCUGACGGUCCGGAACCUACAGACUGGUGACUUCGGGAAUUAUCGAUGCAUUUCGAAAAACUCUCUGGGGGAAACUGAAGGAUCUAUCCGACUAUAUGAAAUACCGAUGCCAUCCACACCCCCGAGAGCGACGGAAAUGAAAAGUAAUUCGAAUAAAGAAAACUCCGCGAAACGAAAUAUCAGCCGACCCUUAGUCCAAGAAAGUCCGAAAGACAGGCCGAAAAAUGUAAUGGUCUCAUCGUCGGAAAGGGACAGCGCUGUCCAAGUAGGACCUCCUGUCGAUACCGCUAUGGAUCUCUAUACACCUGCAGGCCCUCAAUCAUCAGGAUGUGUCAGUAUGGCAAGGUGGGCACUGCCACAGUUCGCAGCUGUGAUCCUACACUGUUUUUUGUCCGGUACGUUAUCCUUUGCCCAGAAUUAAUGCGUCUCCACAAAAAUUCCAGCUCAAGUCGAAUAUACGAUUGCUCAGAUUUCCUUUUCAAAAAUCCUUACCGUCUUUUUCAAAUUCCGUGGCAAAUUAAUAUAAAAAACGAACAAAUUUACAACAAUUCACGAGUAUGGACAUUUAUAUUGUGAUUUUGCAUAUUUUCUGUCUGGCUAGAUGAAACAUUGUAGAUUAUGUGUCAAUAUACUUGUAUAUUCGUGUUUUUUCCAAUGUAAAUGUCCAAAGCUUGAAUGACAGUCCACAUGGUUGAAUAAUUGAAAAACAUAUCAUAAAAAUGCCGAUGUCCAUAUUUUUAACAAAUUGGAAUUUACAAGGAAACGUUUUUAUCCUGAACUGAAGAUCCAUCAGUGUACAUAUCUUUCUCGAUGUACAUAUCUUUCAAAUCUUUGAAUAUCCAUGUUUUUAUUAUUAAAUAUACAAUUAUUACAUCAUUGUAUUUUUUAUUAUUUUUUAUAUACUUAUAUGUACAGGGUAGUUUAAUGUUUUAAUGCAAUUUUUAAUGAACAAAUAACUAAAUAUUUUGUACGUCUGUUUCAGUUUUGUCAUUUAAUUUUUUCAUUAAAGGAUUAAAAUAUUUUAAUUGCCCAAAUUAAUAGAUUCGAAAAGAGUUUAAUCCCAAAUCCAAAAAUCUGUGACAUUAAUUAGCAAAGCGUUAGUUUUUAUAUUUUAAGCCUGUGCAUUUAAACUCAAAUUACCCUGUGAAACUUCAAAACAUGAAUUAUUGUUUGUAUUUUUUAUAUAAAAUAGAUUUAAUCAAUGUGUUAGAAAAUAAUAAAAUUAACUGCAAAAGAGCCGCAAAUUUAAAUAAUAAUUUACGUAAGAAUAUUAGAAUUGAUAUUUUGUAUAAUCUAAAAGUCAGAGUGUAGAAAAUGAAUAAAAAUCAAAUUUUUGCGAAAAAGUUGCAAAACAUUCUAAUUAUUUAAAAGCCUUAAUUUUUAUAAUGCCAAUUAUACGUUAAUAAAAUCAAAAUUUGUAUAUUUAAAAAUAAUUUAAUGGAUAAUUAGUAAAAAAAAAGCAAUUUUUUCUUGAAAUACUAUACAAGGUAUUUGACGUGAACCACGAGGCACAUAUCUUAAAUUCAAAAUUGAAAAAAAAAUAAAUGCAAACAUAAUGUAUAUAAAAACUAUAGAGUCUCCUAUAAUGAAUGUUUUAUGUGACUUUUUCCAUAUGUACGCAUCCACACUUAAACAUGAAUUAAAAUCGAAAAUUCCAUUCUCCUAAUUUAAUAAAAAUUGUGAUAAUAUUGUUUAAUACUAAAUGUAAAAAAUGUAAAUUAAGGUAUUGGACAACGAAACUGGAAAAGUUUUUUUUUAGAUAUUAAGAGGUUGGAUUUAUCAUUUGCAGAAUUCAGCUUGUCGCUAAAAAAAUGACUUAGUAAAAAAUAUAUACCGUCAAAUUGUACAUAUCUCACCGGUGGAUGAACUGAAUCACAUUUAAUCCACUAGAAAUAAUUUUAAUAUGGCGAUUAUUUCAUCUAAAUAAAAAAAAUGUUAGUUCUCUAUAACAUAUAUAUUUGUACAUAUUACAUUAAAAGGGCUUAUUGUAAUAUAUAUGUACUUAGCGCAUAAUAUUUAUGUUUCAAUGUAAAAUUAUAAGAUAUUAAUAUAAUUUGAUGUAUGUUUUCGGUUUGUAAAUAAUGUAUUAUAUUUAGGUUAGCUCUGUUUUCGCUGGGAUAAUUUUUUUGGCCAGUACGAUUCGUUUAAGUCUUCCCUUUAUGAUCACUAUCCCAAAAUCUUAAAUCUUCCCCGUUUAACACACACAACCGUCAGUUUUAUUUCACCCACAGUACAAGAUAGUUGUAUAUAAAAUAGGUUAAUCAAACACCCAACAAAAUUAUCCCGAUUUAUUUUAUAUGGAAAGCAAAAAAUGAAGAGGGGAUAUUCGUAUUGUUUCAAGUGCCAAAAUAGGGAGUGUAGUCCUUAACAUUGAUUUGACAAGCCAUGAUAUGUCGGAGGUGUUUUAUUAAAAGGAUACUGCUAAAUUGUUAAGUUUUAAUUGUUUGGAUAAUGUAAGUAGUCGAAACAGUAUUAUCAUAUCGAAUAAAUGGUACAUAUUUGAAAAAUAAAAUGUGUCUUGGCUUGACUAUUUUAAAAUUAAUUGUUUAUCUUAUUUAUAUUUGUCAAUACAAGGUAAUAUAAAUAUAAGU